GUAAGUGAUAGAGUUAGAGAUGCUGUAAUGAAGUUUCAUCUGACUGUAAGAGCAGGAAGGAAACAUCUCUCAGGUACAGUAUGAUGUUAUCAUGUGGCCUAAUGGAGUCACUUACAGGGUUUUAGCAGUAUGCAACAACCCUUGUGGUCUCAACUAAGUGUCUUAACAUUGAUUUUCUGAUCACAAUAUAUCAGUUAAUCAUAUGCUGUGCAUAUUGCAGGUCUAUUACUGAUGUUUCUUGUUGUUUUUUAACAUAAUUGUGACUGUAAUGAUGUCUUGCUUUAAUUGUGAUGUCUGUUUUCUUUCCUGGGGCUAUUUUAACUCAUUAAAAGCACAAAACAGGUAGCUCCAUCUGCACAGCACAUAUGUUGUUAGUAGACAAUUUUAUCCAAACCAUCUAACAGCACUAUGAAUGCCUGGGUUUUUAGCGUGCGUGUCAGACUUUCAUAACUCACAGAACAGGUAUCUCCAGUUUUUUACUCACUCCGAUGGCUUCUGCAGAUAAAUCAUCUUUAGCCUCUUAGAUCUUGACAUUAAAACCCAAUCUUCUAUUAAAGUUUAUUUGCACGUCUGUCUCAAAGAGCAAACAUGCAAGAACACAGAGACACGUCCAUGCACACGGAUUUGAUAGCUUCCCAAAUGAAAAUCCAAUUUUCAAACCGGGCAGUACCUAUUUCAUAUCAAGGGGAUGGGAGAUGCUGUUAGGAAAUGACGCCUGCAGGAUCAAGAUAACAAAUUGACAUUUUUGAAUUGGCUCUCAGGCUCAGAUUAGAUACUCUCAAAGGGCAUUUUGUGACUUUCAAGGCCAAAUGGGAAAUGUAAAUGAACUCUCUAGAAGUGUAGGUGACCUCGUUACAUGCUCCUGUUCAACCUGUCAGGUCAGAUUUGAUCAGACUUUCAGGUCACUUAAGAUGUGGCUAAAGAGAGAAGCUCAAGAUUUGUACAGGUAUAAAAAUAACUCAAUCCAAGUGUCAGUGCAAAAUGGUUUAAAAAUCACUUUAUAUUCAGCCAUUUAAUCACAUCUACAAGAUUGUCAGUACAUGUCAUCUUUGAACCAGGGUUGUAUAACAGUUAAUUUACAGAUAUAAAAUAACACCUACUGUGCAGAUUUUAACUCCAGCCGAGUUUCAACAUGUUAUUCCUGAUAUAAGUAUGUGGGACACUGCUGUAUGUUUUUAAACACAGCUACUGAAACCUUUAUUUACUCACCUGUCCAUCUUUCACAUCUAGGCCGACCUGUUAAGCUUAAAAAUACUCGCAACACCUGCCAAGUGCUGACAGGCUGACAGUUAGGUGUUUGUGAUGCAUCUGUAACAGUGCAGACAGAUGAAUGCAUCCAAAACAGGAGAGAGUUGACACUGUAAAAAAAAAAAAAGAUUGAUAAUUAACUAUGUGUUUACAGAUAUGAUUUGAGCCUGAAGCACCUGUGAAGAGGACAUCCAAAAGGCAGACAGUAUGGAGACUCUGAAUUCAUCCCACGCUGCCAACACCAGCGGUGAUAAUGCCAGCCUCUUCUCUCAAAGUCCGUACACAACUGUGGAGAUUGUACUCAUCAUCCUGGUGGCUGGAUCUCUGAGUCUGAUCACUGUCGUUGGAAACAUCCUGGUCAUGCUCUCUAUAAAGGUAAACAGGAACCUGCAGACCGUCAACAACUACUUCCUGUUCAGCCUGGCCUGUGCAGACCUCAUUAUUGGCAUCUGCUCCAUGAACCUUUACACUGUCUACAUUGUGAUUGGCUACUGGCCCCUAGGAGCCAUCGUGUGUGACCUAUGGUUGGCCGUUGAUUACGUUGUCAGCAACGCCUCAGUCAUGAACCUUCUCAUCAUUAGUUUUGACCGUUACUUCUGUGUCACCAAGCCUCUCAGCUACCCAGCACGCCGCAGCACCAAGAUGGCGGGCCUGAUGAUUGCUGCGGCCUGGGUGUUGUCCUUCAUCCUCUGGGCUCCAGCAAUUUUGUUCUGGCAGUUCAUUGUAGGCGGGAGAUCCGUGCCACCAGAUGAGUGCUACAUCCAGUUCUUCUCAAAUGCAGCAGUGACAUUUGGGACAGCCAUAGCAGCUUUUUACCUACCAGUGGCCAUCAUGAUCCACCUCUACUGGCGCAUCUCCAAGGCCAGUCGCAGCCGAGUCAGAAGGGACAGCAGGAAGACUUCAGGAACCAGUCUGGGAGAAGGUCCCUGUCACAGCCAGGAGGAUGGAUGUGAGACCCAGAACACCUGCAUCCCAUCAAGAGACGCUCAGGAGGAGGCUGGACACGAGAAGGAGACAGAGCAGCAGAAUGGAGGCGGACCCUGCAUGGAAGAAAGUCUGGAUCAGGUGGACUCCACGGCAGAUGGCAUCCAUGCUUCGACAUCUAAAGACAUCGCGGUCCCUACGACAUCACAGAAAGGCUCAGACGGUGUGAAAAAGACAAAUCGAACACAGCCGCCUUCUCCGGAGAACUCCACCGCUGAUAGACAGAGUUUGGCCACAAGGACUCUGUUGAAGGUAACAAAGCAGAGCGCUGUAGCAAAGUGGAAAAAGAAAGGCAUUUCUUCCAGGGAGAAAAAGGUGACACGCACCAUCAUGGCCAUCCUGGUUGCUUUUGUUGCCACAUGGACUCCGUACAAUGUGAUGGUCUUGAUCAACACCUUCUGUUCAGCCUGCAUCCCAAACUCUCUCUGGACCAUCGGCUACUGGCUCUGCUACAUCAACAGCACCAUCAACCCGGCAUGCUACGCCCUCUGCAACGCCACCUUCAAAAACACCUUCAAGCACCUGCUGCUGUGUCAGUACAAGAACAUACGUACAGCACGAUGAAGGCGAAACACUGACUCAAAAUAAUGUGAUAAAUCUUGUAAAGUGAGAUAAAUAUAGACUAGGUGUGUUUUUAUUGUGCUCUUACUCCAUUUCUUUUUCAAUGGUUGAGCUUAUUUCCAUUGAAAAUAUCCUGGUGAAAUUAUAAACCACACAUUUAAAGGCAGAUAUUGAAUAUAAUGUACAUAAUUAUGUUUUCAUUAGUGUAUAAUCACCUGAAAAUAAAUAAAAUGAGCCAUUUAUAGCUUCAG